GGAAGAAGAAGUCUGAUCAUGCGACAACAUUCAGGAUGGGUACCCAAGUGAAAGAUGUCAUCAUCAAGCCUGAUGCUCCCAACUCUCUGCUGCUGGACAAACAUGCAGACUACAUCGCUGCCUACGGCUCCAAAAAGGAUGACUAUGAGUACACGCUCUCAGAGUACCUGCGGAUGAGCGGCAUCUACUGGGGCCUGACGGUCAUGGACCUGAUGGAUCAGCUACCCAGAAUGAACCGGCAGGAGAUCAUUGACUUCAUCAAAUCCUGUCAGCAUGAGUGCGGAGGCAUUAGCGCCAGCAUUGGACACGACCCCCACCUGCUCUACACCCUCAGCGCUGUGCAGAUCCUGUCCUUGUAUGACGACGUGGAUGCGAUCGACGUUGAUAAAGUUGUAGAAUACGUCAAGGGCCUGCAGCAGGAAGACGGCUCAUUUGCAGGAGACAAAUGGGGAGAAAUAGACACAAGGUUUUCCUUCUGUGCUGUUGCUACACUUGCAUUACUGGGCAAGAUGGACGCAAUAAAUGUCGACAAAGCUGUAGAGUUCGUCUUGUCCUGUAUGAACUUUGACGGAGGUUUCGGCUGCAGACCUGGUUCAGAGUCUCAUGCUGGACAGAUUUACUGCUGCACUGGCUUCCUGUCUCUCACCGGCCAGCUGCACCAGGUGAAUGCUGACCUGCUGGGCUGGUGGCUUUGUGAGAGACAGUUGCCAUCUGGAGGUCUCAAUGGACGACCGGAGAAGCUUCCAGAUGUGUGCUACUCAUGGUGGGUUUUGGCCUCACUGAAAAUCAUCGGCAGGAUCCACUGGAUCGACAAAGCCAAGCUGCGACUGUUCAUUCUGGCCUGUCAGGACGAGGAGACGGGAGGUUUUGCUGAUAGACCAGGAGACAUGGUGGAUCCUUUCCACACACUGUUCGGAAUUGCAGGUCUCUCCCUGCUCGGAGACGAAACGAUCAAGGGGGUGAAUCCUGUGCUGUGCAUGCCAGAGGACGUCCUGCAGAGGGUCAGCCUGCAGCCGGAGCUCCUGAGCUAGCCCCCCUGACACGUUACGCACUCAUCACCACACACUCAUACACACAUCCACUCAGCAACACCCCCUACCACCACGGCAGGAUGUCUGGAGCAUAGAGAGGACCACAACACAUCUUAGUGUUAGCUGAAGUCUACAGUCAGCGUUUGAUCACCGCUCAGUGACUAUUUCGAGGACAGAUGGAGCCGCGCAGCUCUGGCAGGAUUCCUCUGAGCCAUUCAGUUUUAUUCCCUCUGCCACUCAGUUUAUUAUCAAGUCUGUUUUGUUGGUUCGGCUGCAGCAGGAGUGAGUUUGAGUAGUGAAAUCAUCGUUGCUAAAGGCCAGAAACCAUUAAGUAACAUUCCUGAACUUUUCAACUUUUCAGUGUCACUUUGAGGACAAACAUCUAAACGCAUAGGGAACUGUUGUUUUCAACACUUCCUCAGCUCCUCCUCUUGCCAAGAAAGUUAUUAUCUUAAUUAGUUUCUUUUGCCAGGAACUUGUUUUCCUCUGCUUUCUAAUCAUGUUUGUUACACGAAUGGCUGAGGGAUAUUCAGAUUUAGUUGACAGCUUGGUGCAUUUGACCGUGAAAGAGUAGACGGAUUAUGUGCGGAAGAGAUGAGCUGAGGUAGAGGAAACAUAAUGAAGUUAGGUUUGCCCCUUUCAUUAUGUUUAAACACUUGACUUACUUUUUCUUGUUUCUCGGUUCUGCCCUGUUAAUGCACGUUUUCAGAUCAAAUAACUUAUGUAUUUAAAAAGUAAGACUAUCCUGUUAACACUAGAGCAAUCGUAUGGACACUGUGAUAAUAGGCCCCAUAACUGGAAAUGCAACCUGACAACAGGACAAAGAUAGUUUUGAUCGUGUUGUUGCAUUAAAGGUAUAGUUGACAAUUCUGGAGGAAGAUCGUACAAUACGCUUUUUGUCAAAUUCAGCAAAUAUCUCCAAGUGGUCUGCCAGAUGUGUGUGUGUGUGUGUGUGUGUGUGUGUGUGUGUGUGUGUGUGUGUGUGUGUGUGUGUGUGUGUGUGUGUGUGUGUGUGUGUGUGUGUGUGUGUGUGUGUGUGUGUGUGUGUGUGUGUGUGUGUGUGUGUGUGUGUGUGUGUGUGUUAAAAAAUAAACCGGGUGUUCAUACGCAGCGUUGGAUCUUAAAUGAGAUAUACAAAGAAAGUGGCUCAGACCAAGGCAUAUAACACUAGUCCAGCCAAUCAGCAGUCUCCUUUCUCCACCACCCAUUGAACGGUAGCGAAGGCUGAUGAGACUCUUCUAUUUUUUCCCACUUUUGAUAAAAGUGUGAGAACAGAAGCGACCGCCAGUGCACAUCCAUGAAUUUGUAGGAGCCUCUGAAGGAGCAGCGUAAUUGGGCGUUAGUUCAAAUAUCAUCAAUCUUUCUCCAGAAUGACCAACUCUACCUUUUAAACAAAACCUCAGUUUACAGUUUUCAGUACAGGCAGGCAGGCAGGCAGGCAAUUAAUUUUUUGGCAGGAUUUGGAAGAAGCAGCAAGGUUUGGUGACUGGAGACACCCAGAGGUAGAACACAUGGCAGGUGUCGUAGUAGUAUAUUUAACGUCUUAUCUUCAGUCUCAGCUACACUAGUUGUUUAAAUCUUGUUACUCAGUCCAGUGUUUGUAACACAGCUGUCGGCAGAGGGGUUAGAUUUGCCCCCACACACUGCGUGUCAUGACACAUUUCCAGUCUUAAGUUUUAAUUAUUCACAAAACAUUCUGUGUGAUGGCUCUUAGACAAUUUCAGACUUAUUUUUAUUAAAUCUAUCAGAUACCUUUUCUUUUAACUAAUAUUAAUGUUGCUGCAUUGACGUCUUACUGAAUGCAAAUGUCCCCAAUUUAAGGCAUUCUUGUUAACUUGAGUGGCUUAUUAACAGCAUUACAAUGAAAGCUGAUGUCGACCAGGUUUUAAACUUUGGUUCCAAAGGAUUUGUGCAACUUUUAAGAUGAUUGAAAUCUAUAAAAAAACCUGAACUCUAACUUGAACUCGGACCUGAACAACUUGUCUUUUUGGCGUGGGGGCAAACCUAAUCUGAGAAGCUACGUACUGUUAGAAAACUGGAUGUGUGAAUAUUAAUGUAACUUAUUUGUUGUUUUGUCUGGUUUGGCAAUAAAUGUACAA